GAUUGAUUGGACUACAGAGACCAAUCGUUUUUCUCCAAAAUUAUUUGAAAUGAGUGAAAGAUGGAGAUUCAAGCUUCGCAUGGCGAUGGUGUUGGUUGUUCUUCUCAUGUUUCAUCACAGCUCGAGUCUGUGCUGGUCUCUCAACAGCGAAGGCUUGGCGUUGUUGGAGUUUCGAGAGAGAGUGGUGAGAGAUCCAUUUGGUGCGCUAUUGAACUGGAAUGAUCUUGACGGAGACAUCGAUCCCUGUUCUUGGUUCGGAGUUGAGUGCUCUGACGGAAGAGUAAUUAUCCUGAACUUGGAGGAUCUUUGUCUUGAAGGAACAUUGGCACCUGAGCUGGGGAGGCUGACACACAUGAAAUCCAUUACUUUACGCAACAACUCGUUUUGGGGAAACAUUCCAGUGGAGAUUGCUGAAUUGAAGGAACUGGAGGUGUUGGAUUUAGGAUACAAUAAUUUUAGUGGGCCAAUUCCAUCUGAUCUUGGCAAUAACCUGUCCUUGUCAAUUCUUUUACUGGACAACAACAAGUUUCUUGGUAGCUUAUCUCCUGAACUUUAUAGACUUAUGACGCUUUCUGAAUUUCAAGUAGAUGAGAAUCACCUCACUAGUGCUGCUUUAGAGGCUAGUUGCAACAGCAGAGCUAGUGCUUGGAGCACAGAACGCGAUGGAAAUGUAGCGCAACGGAGGCUGCUGCAGAUGGCCCCAAAUUCACCCAAAGCUAAGAGCAAAAGACAAAAUAAGAGGGAUUCCAAGUCAUCACCAUUUCCUUCUCCCUCUGCAUCACCUUCAAAUUCACCAUUGCCAUCAAUAUUUUCACCUUCACACUCACCCUCAGAUUCACCAAUUUCAUCUAUUUCAUUACCCCCAUCAGCAUCUACAUCAUUACCACCAGAAUCUCCAGCUGCUUCCCCAUCAGACUCUUUGGUCCCUUCACCGUCACCUAUGCCACCACCAAGUCCAGCUCCAUCAGCUCUACCAAAUCCACCUCUUGAUUCUAAGCCACCAGUGCACGAUCCUUCUCCCUUGCUGCCUUCUCCAUCAACUCCUAGCCAAAAUGUACCACAGAGUUCCACGUCAGAUAAGGAUCGUAAAAAUCUGACAAGACUGAUGUGGUCUGUAAUGCUGGGGGGUUCUGUAUUCAUAUUUUUUUCGGUCCUUGGCUUUUUAUUCUGUCGAAGUAGUAAGGUGGUUACCGUCAAACCUUGGGCAACAGGAUUAAGUGGGCAGCUUCAAAAGGCGUUUGUAACAGGUGUACCGAAGCUCCAGCGAUCAGAACUAGAAACAGCUUGUGAAGAUUUCAGUAACAUAAUUGGUUCUCUAUCAGAUGGCACAGUGUACAAAGGGACUCUUUCAAGUGGAGUUGAGAUAGCAGUAACAUCCACUGCAGUGAAGUAUGCUGAAGACUGGUCAAAGAAAUCAGAAGCCCAGUUUCGAAAGACGAUAGACACACUAUCAAAAGUGAACCACAAGAACUUUGUGAACCUUAUUGGGUUUUGCGAAGAAGAGAAGCCUUUCACCAGGAUGAUGGUUUUUGAGUAUGCUCCAAACGGGACGCUCUUUGAGCAUCUACACAUAAAAGAAGCCGAGCACUUGGAUUGGGGAAUGCGACUGCGAAUAGCCAUGGGCAUGGCGUACUGCCUCGAGCAUAUGCAUCAGCUCACCCCGCCCAUAGCCCACAGAAACUUCCAUUCUUCUUCUGUGUAUCUUACUGAAGACUAUGCAGCCAAAAUAUCAGAUUUCAGUUUCUGGAACGAACUCACUGCAACAAAGAUGGGUUCAGCCGCCGCAGCGCUCUUGGAGACACCAUCCGGAGAUCCAGAGAGCAAUGUUUACAGCUUCGGGGUGAUUUUGUUUGAAAUGGUAACAGGUAAGCUUCCAUACUCCGUGGAUAAUGAUGGUUCUCGUGUGGACUGGGCGUCGGAUUACUUAAAGCGGGAGCAACCCUUGAGAGAACGCGUCGACCCGACUUUGAAAUCUUUCCAAGAGGAAGAGGUGGAGAAACUAUUUGAAGUAAUAAAAGAUUGUGUUCAUUCUAACCCCAAACACAGACCAACAAUGAAAGAGGUCACAGCUAGGUUGAAAGAGAUCACAACUAUGGGCCCUGAUGGAGCUACACCAAAAUUAUCCCCUCUUUGGUGGGCUGAACUUGAGAUUUUGACUACUGAAGCAAGUUAAAGAGGUCAAAUUGCGCUGCAAAGUAUAAAUUUAAUUCUCUUUCCAAUUGUCUAUUGCAUUUUUUUUGCCCUUAAUGCUGUUGAGCUCGAAGUUACUGGUAUCUAAUUUGUUCGAUACAUAUUUUUUUAUUAUAUUUUUGUUGGAAAAUGGUUGCAUCCAAUAUAGGGUACAGGAGUAUAUCUGUAUAUACUGAUAAGGGAAGUCCUGUGUUGAUUUUGUUUUUUCCAUGCCAAGGAUUUGGCAUUUGAUUAUCUACAAAAAUACUAUUAUGAAAUCAAUAAAUAUGAUUUUUCAAGACA